AUGCCUUUAGUACAUGGAUCAGCACCGGGCAUGUUAGGAGUGCGGGAGAUAGACCUAGGCGCAUCGCAUGUAGUAGAGGGAGAUGAGCCGGUCUUCACUCCUCAGUCCUUGACCAGGUUUACAUUGGGACUGUCCGUACUGGAACUGGGAUCUGGCUGUGGCAUUGCUGGUCUCGCAGUUGCGGCCUUCCUCUCACCCUCUAGUAUCUUCCUCACUGAUGGCAAUGAACGCACUAUAAAGAAUCUUAAUUAUAACGUCAUCGCACUGCAAAGCUCUCUAAUGACCGUCCCUGUUGUUGAACGAUUCACCUGGGCAGUGGACCCCUGCCCUGGGGGCGAAAAUUCGACUUAG